AUGGCCCUCGUAGCCUGGUAUACGCUGACACCUGGUUCCCUGCCAGUAGAUGCGCUUGCAUUGCCUGUGAAUGUACAGGUGUCGGGCAUGACUGAUCAGUCACCCACGUACGUCCGACCCCUGUUGUUGUUGUUGUUGUUGCGGGUGAAGUUUAUAUUAACGACCAGAGGGUGUUGUGACACGCCUAGUUGUGGGUCCGGCCUCCCGUCUUCCUGGCACUGUCUUGACAGCGGGUGCAGGUGGGGGGAGUAGGAGAGAAUGCGGUAGAUACUGCGGAUAGUCUACAAUCACCAUAAACGAAUUCACGCGCAAGUUACCGUGACUGCUGCAUCUCCCUGUGUAGCCCACGGUGGACAUCGGCGGCUCCGACGGUUGAACUGUGCUGAAAUACUUGACUACUUGACCUUUGAAAAUCUUUUCACGUUUGUUUUACUGUAGCAUUGGUUCUAACGUGACGAGGAAUCCGCCGCUUGUAAGCUUCGCGCCGCUUGCAUGCUCUCUGGUCAGGUCGUUGCACAUUGUGAAUAUUAACUUUAUUCACUUACUGGCCUUCCUUACCUCUCUCCGUUUAUGAGGUUAGUAAGUCGUAGUUCUUUAGUUCGCGGGAACGACAUAACUUACGUCAAUGGUGACUCCCGACGUUAGCGCAGACAUAAGUUCUUUCCUUCUGUAACAUUUUAUGACAUUGAACGCCCUGUAUUUAUUUGCUAAAUUUUAGUUCAUUUACAUUUCGCGCUAACCUUUUCACGAUAUUGUGCUACCCAUAUUUUGCUUAUUAUGUCUUCCUCAACUCGACAAACUGACGUUCCUGCCAAGUCUGUCUAUGCCGUCCAUUUCACUUUUCCUGAUUUCUGGCAACACGCCCCUGAACUGUAUUUUAUCAGCAUUGAGUCAUCCUUUUACUCCGCCAACAUUACGAAGGAGUUGUCGAAAUACUACAAACGUGUGGAGGUUCUCCCAGCCAAUAUUAUCUCACAAGUUCAACCCUUGUUAGCGAAACCCCCUGCAGACGCUCCUUAUUCUGCUCUGAAGGCGGAAAUCCUUCGUCUCAAUGCUGUAUCUGACCGACAACGCUAGCACCAGUUGAUCAAGGAGGAAUCACUGGGCAACCGGAAGCCCUCAGAACUUCUCCGACGAAUGCGUACUCUCUUAGGAGACAUGCAGGUCGACGAGAAACCCGUUAAAGAGAUGUUUCUAGAGCGGCUGCCUGCAGAUGUUCAAACGAUUUCGGCAUCCGGCUCGCAAGACCUUACAAUUUCCCAUCUUGCUGAAAUGGCAGACCGAAUGAUAGAGGUUCAACGGUUCCAGCCACCUUCCGUUGCUCAGAUUUCCACAUCCUCUUCAACGGUUAACGAGCAGUUACUGCAACAGAUGUCGGCUAUGGCGAAUGAGAUAGCCUCCCUAAAACUACAACUUGCUCGCAUUACCUGUAGUCGCUCACCCAGCCGUCAUCGUUCACGUUCGCGACCUCGCACAGCCAAUUUAUGUUGGUAUCACGCAAACUUUGCCGCCAAGGCUCGCAAAUGUCCUUCCCCUUGUUCAUUUAAACCGAAACAGGGAAACCAGCCAGCCAGAGAAUAGACGCGACCGUUUUCUCUGGCUCUCCCAGCUCUGGUCGCACCUUUUAUGUCUGCGACAAUGUGACUCGCAGGCGUUUCCUGGUGGGCACCGGAGCCCAGAUCAGCGUGGUUCCCCCACUCCAGUUGACCGCCGCUGUCCCAGCCCUGGUCUACAUCUCCAAACUGCAAACUGUUCCCCCAUUUCCACUUUUGGCAGUCGUUCCCUAACGCUAAACAUUGGUUUACGUCGAUCAUUCUCCUGGGUAUUUGUGAUUGCCGAUGCGCCUCAUGCGAUCCUUGGUUCCGACUUCCUAGCCGAGUUUGAUCUCCUUGUUGACUGUCGGCAUUCCUGUCUCCUCGACCGCACAACUGGUCUCUCUGUCCGCGGUCUUACACCCUUUAAUGACUCCUGCAAUUUAUCUGUUCUGUGCGCAGGUAUUGCUUGCCCAUACCGAGACCCUCUCCUCCAACACCCCAACAUAAUCAAACCCCAGUUUCGCAGUGGUGAGAUCCAGCAUGACGUUGUCCGCCACAUUCGCACCUCUGGUCCCCCAGUAUUCGCACGGCCUAGACGACUGGCUCCGUCCCGUCUGCAAGCGGCGAAGGCCGAAUUUGAGCACAUGCUGCAACUGAGCAUAAUUCGCCCGUCCGAGAGUCCACGGGCGUCCCCACUGCAUAUGGUGCCCAAGGCGACAUCAGACGACUGGCGGCCCUGUGGUGACUAUCGCGCCCUCGACAAUGCGACAAUCCCGGAUCGUUAUCCUGUCCCUCAUCGUCAAGAUUUUGCUGGAGCUCUUUUCGGCAAAUCGGUUUUCUCGAAGAUUGACCUUGUUCGGGCCUUCCAUCAGAUUCCUGUCGCUCCUGAGGAUGUUCCCAAAACUGCCGUCACCACACCAUUCGGCCUGUUCGAAUUUGUUCGCAUGCCAUUUGGUCUUCGCAAUGCUGCCCAAACAUUUCAGAGGUUCAUUGACCGAGUCCUACGUGGUCUCCCGUUUGUGUACGCUUACAUCGAUGACCUCUUGGUGGCCAGUCGAAAUGCCGAGGAACACAAAGAGCAUCUUGCUUUAGUGUUUGACCGCCUCGAUCAGUUUGGCGUGGUCAUUAACCCUUCGAAGUGUGUUCUGGGUGUGCCGUCCCUUGAUUUUCUUGGUCACCAUGUCGAUGCACAAGGUUUGCAUCCCCUCUCUUCCAAGGUUGAGGCCAUUCGUGACUUUCCUCCACCAACCUCCAAGCGUCAGUUGCAACGUUUCCUUAGCAUGGUAAACUUUUAG